GGCCCCUGCAGCCGUGGGGCGCGGAGCCCUUGCAGAGCCUUCCUUCCCCCAAUCGCGGCCGAGGGACCGCCGCUCAACCCCCUGGCUUCUGAAUGGCUUCAUUGAAGAGAAAUGGGCUGGCUUAAGCUCACAAAAGUCCCGCUCCCUCUCCGCUUGGCGGCGGCAGCGGCGGACGGGAGCAAAGCAGCAGAGCAAAGGGCGAGGGGAGAGCUGGCAGCCCGUCCCCGUCCCCCCCCCCCACCACCCUCCAGCACCGGCCACCAGCAUCCCACCAUGUCUGUGAUGCUCAACAAUGCCCGCCAAGGGGGGAAAGCCUUUCGUUUGCUGAAAGCUGAACAAGAAGGCAGGUUGGAGGAAAUCAACAAAGAGUUUCUCUGCGACCCAAAGUUUAGCGAUGAAGAGGACCUGGAAGAAAAGCUUGCGGUUUUUAAAGAAAAAUACAUGGAGUUCGACCUGAACAAUCACGGCGAGAUCGGUGAGAUGGUCCAGUGGCCAAUUGACCCCAAUUUGAAAAGAGCAAAUCAAUCUCAUGUCUGUGAAAAGGAUGAUGGAGAAACUGGGGAAUCCCAAGACGCACCUGGAGCUGAAGAAAAUGAUCUCCGAGGUCACUGGGGGCACCAGCGAAACCAUCUCCUACCAGGAUUUCGUAACCAUGAUGCUGGGCAAGCGGUCAGCCGUCCUGAAACUGGUGAUGAUGUUUGAAGGCAAGAGUCAAGAAAGCAGCCCCAAAUUUUUAGGUCCUCCUCCAGAGCGAGACCUCUCAAGCCUUCCUUAAAGGGAGAGGCAAAUACGGAACAUUUUCCACCUCUGACGACCGCAAGAUCUCUGCUCUGUUGCUUUUGUUUUAAAGACUCCAUCCGAAGGGAAUGGCAAGGAAAAGUCCAGUCGACGUCACUCAGACGAGGGUCGCCCCUGAUUUUUAUUCUCAACUGUUAACCCGAAGAGAAGCCCCGUUGUUCUCAAGAACCAAAGCAAACUCUAAAGGCAAAAAUCCAGAUUUCACAGGGCGUUUUUCAAAACAGAUGGUACGCUCUCCAAAGCCCCCUCCCCUCCUCCUCCCCCAAAGAAAUCUGAAAUUAUUCAGAUUUUCUUCACCGCCACUUCUCUUCCAAGCACGAAACUGCUUUUCUAAAAAUGGCUUUGUGUGCAGCCGGAAGGAAAACCAACCCCUCUGGCCCAAGGGAGGCAAAAAAAUGCAGGUGGUUUAAGUUGGGUCCUAUCUUUAAAGGAGCAGAAACCACCCAGCCAGGAUUUUUGCAACAGGAAACCUGCCAUUUUUACCAAACGGUGAUGAAGGAAAGCGAAAAGGGUAAACUGGAGGAGUUUUAGCCUAGAAUUCAGAACCAGUCCUAGGCCGGAUGGGGCGCGGAUUUGAGUGACAUCGUGGUUAGUUCUGAAGAAGGGGUUGGGGGGGGGGCGGUGCC